AUUUAAUCACAAGAGGGCUUAGUUAUGUUCCUUUAAAAUUUGACAAGUUUGUCAUAGAAACUAGGAAUAUUGAAGUAAUUAAGAGAUUACCCAAGUACAGAUAUAAGGUCGUGUGUUAUGGGGGUAACUUAGUGAUGAUGAAAAGCAUUUUUUUUUACUUUAAUUACAAAGUUUCUUAAUUUCAAAAAGGUGUCAAUCAUGCUUGAAUUAAAUCCUUUAUAGGCUAACUAAUUAUUGAAGGUUAUGAUUGUCUAUUGUAGGUUGGUAGGAUUAUAAGGUUUCUUUUAUUAUUGACAAUCAUUUGUAAUUAAAUUUCUAGGAAUUGAUAUAGAGAAUUUUAAUUAUCAUUGAUUGUCAAUAAUAAAAGAAACCCUAUAAUUCUACCCGGCUAAGUAAAUAUUUUGAAUACAUGAGAACAAGAAAAAUGUUGUAAUAGAAUUUCAACUCUGUUGACCAAUAUUCAAACUAUAUCAUAAUUUUUCUGGUGAGUUUAUUGAGAAGUGUAUUGCAAUUUGCACAUGUUGGAAUCGUAAUAUUACUUUUUUCUGCCUUGCAGCAUGAAGAUAUGUCUGUGUCUUUACUUGACUUAGUAUUAGCUACUGAAAGAGUUGAUAGAGAAUUUCGUUCUAGUGGCUUAGAGGAAAAACACAAAAUAUUUAUAAAGGACCUGAUUCUUGGCAAGAAAGAUAAUGAAAGUGAUAGGGACUUCUUAUUUCAAAUCAUCUGUAAUAAUGAAACCGGUAUUGAUGUAGACAAGUGGGACUAUUUACUAAGAGAUGGAAAACAAUUAAAUAUUAAUGUAACUUUUGAUCCUCAUCGAUUAAUGAAAUGUGUAAGAAUAGUGAAAGUGUCUGAAAAAUACCAUAUUUGUUAUCGCAAAAAAGAACAGAUCAAUAUUUUUCACAUGUACAUGAUGCGAGCUGAACUACAUAGAAUGGCUUAUCAGCAUCCAGUAGUCAAAAUGAUAGAAGAAAUGUGGCUCGAUGCAAUGAAAGAGGCCAAUUCAAAUGGCUAUUCAUUCAAAGGACUGAAGUUGGGUGAAAUCCACACAAACCCAACUAUUUACUCUUCCUUAACAGACCAUAUAUUUCAAGAUAUUCUUUGUUCUGAAGAUGAAAAGUAUUUUCAAGCUCGAAAAUUAUUGGAAAGAAUCCAAACAAGAAGAUUAUACAAAAUGAUUCAUAGAACACCACUGACAAACCAAGAUGGAGAAGAAAAACUUUCGAAAAUUAUUAAAUGCACAGAAAUGAAAAGAAUGAAAAAUCCAACUUUAGAUUUAUAUGUUACAAGUCUUAAAUUGGAAAUGCCAGAUUUAGGAAAAUCUGUGUAUUUGUAUGACAAAGGAAACUUGAAUGUUGCAAAAUCAGAAAACAAUUGGUUGACUGUACCCGUUUUCCCAUAUGACAUGUCACAGAUGAAACGUUUUGAGAUAUUUCACUUCUGUAAGAAGCCAGAGAGCCUGAUCAGUAGUGAAAUGAAAUCUUUGAAUGAAAGAGUAUCUGAGAUUCUUUCAGAAUGCAGUGAUCAAACUCUAUAAAAUGAGCUUAACUGACAUAUUUAGGGCCUACAUACUUCAUGAAUCAGAUCCAUUAUUAGAGGAGUGGAAGCUAUUAUUUUUCUAAUUGUAAUGGUCUGAAGUGCAUUCAACAUUAGAUAAUGGGUGUAUGGGGAAGGAUGGAAUACGCUCUAAUUGGAUGAUGUGGUAGAAAGAACAUUUUAAAUCAGUCUAUAAUCUGCACCGUAUUGUAUAACAGUGUAGUAUAUUGGUGCUCUCUUGACAAAUUCUCUAUUAAUUAACUGUUUUAUGGCAGUUUUUCUUAAAUCUCUCUCUUUCUCUAAGUUUCUUGAUAACAAACAAAACAAAUUGGAAUUAAAACAUUUCAUUUGGUGAUUACUU